UUGUAUGGAAAAGAGAAAGGCGGCUGGCAAAUGUACUUGAGAAGGCAUUGACAAAUUAAUUUUCAGAUAUUUACGACAAGAGUUAGAAAAUAUUAAGAGAUAAUUUGUAAAUUUGAGAUAAUUGUUUGUAGGGAUGUAGAGUUUUAGGGAGGGUGUUGAAGUUCACUUCUAAGAAAACUCUACAUCUGGUCUUUUUUAGUUUUCUCAAGCACUGAAGCCAUCGACAGCGUGUAGACAAAAGACUGCGACGAAGUCAGGCCAUAAACAGUAGACAGGCGACGUUGGCUUCGGGGUUUUUCAGUUAUUAGGUAACACAGCUAGCGUGCGGAUCUGGACCAGCUCAAAUUGUAUUUUUACUUAUUACACUUCUAUUUAAAUAUAUUUUCUACCUUACAAUUUAUCCACGUGUUUUCUCUGUUUACACACCGAAUAACCUCAACAGCACGUGUGUUGUAAAAUUUGUAGGUAAUACCUUUAGCAUGAUGGUUAUGUCAAUUAAGAAAUGUACUAAAAAUACAUAUAUAUAUGAAGUAAAGGCUUUCGCAUAGUCUAUCACAGUGUCAUUCAGCAGGUCCUUAACUGGGCAGGAGUACCUGUCAAUGUCUAUGGGGAGACCCGUGGGAUAUAGGGUCAUGAACCAUAAACAUGCAUGUUACUUAUUGUUCAUUAUUAGCUGCUUGGAAUAUAAUUCUCCUCAUUAGACGAGUGAUUAUUACUACAUAUAUCAAGGCAAACAUUUAUACAUAUACAUUUAUGCACGGGAAAUUCUAAUACAUUGCCUGUAAGGACAGUAACCGAAUGGCACUCAGUCAUUCUAUUAAAUGACAAAAAUUUCUUUUACUCUGUGUUUAGGCUAUGGUAAUACACAGAAAGUCGAGUUGAGUUCUCUUUUAGAAUCAGAAGGUUUGCAAAGUCAAAUAGGACAACAAAAGAAAGCUUUGGAAGAGAAAUUCAAUGAAGAGAACGAUGAGACUUGUGAGACUAAUUUUUCUACAAAUGUAAAUUCGAAAAAAUAUAAUGUAGAAAAAAUGGAUUGUGACUCUGAAGAAGCAAAUGCGUAUAAACAUCACUUCAUACCGGGACCAUCUUUCAAUUCGAUGACUGAUAUAAUGCCACCUGCACCUCCUUUACCAUCACAAUUAAUGGCCAAAUUACCAGAUAAUGAUACAGACGCACUUUCAAGUAUGUUGAUGUCAUGGUAUAUUAGUGGUUGCAUGGUAUAUUACACAGGUUAUUACCAUGGUUUGAAACAAGCAAGAAACAAUCAAGAGAACAGGAAGAACUGUUGAUUAUAUCAAUUUUUUCAAUAACAAUAUAACAAUAAUAUAAGAUAUAAUAAAAUAUAAAACUCAUUGUAUUUAUUUACUUCAAUUAUUUGAAAUAAAGAACAGCUUUAUUUUCAUAUAAGA